AUGUCUUUCGUUAAUAUCAUUUUAAUAUUUUUUAUCGGGAUUAAUGGAGUGUACGGUACGGUCAACGAAAGGUGUCCGACGGAUUUCGGCAUUGGAUUUUUAUACAGAGAAUUAGGAUGUAAACCUGUACACGAAGAAGCAUCGAAAUGUCCAUCGCAAUUCGAUUGUUCGACCCAUUCGGCAAGAAAAACAAACGUUUGUAAUUUCAAAGGAGAAAAUUUCGAUAUCGGUACCGAAUUAUCAGGAGUUAAACAUAAUCCCUGUGUUGCCGCUUGCAGAUGCGUUGAAGAUAAAGGAACCGGACGUGGAGUUUUCAAUUGUGCCAAUGUCGAAUGUUUCGAUUGGCAUUUGGAAAAUGAUAAUUGUACGAGAUUAUAUUCUGAUGAAUCUUGUUGUUCAGUUAAAACUCAUUGCAAGGGAGAUCCGCCAUUGCCAACAUGUCUCGUAGAUGGUAAAGUUUACGUGGAAGGACAAAAAUUUUAUCCCGAAAGCGAACCCUGUAAAGAAUGUAAAUGUAAAGAAGGUUUCGAAGGAAAAUUCGAAGAACCUUUUUGUAAGGAUGUUACGUGCGACAUUGAAUUACAUUAUGCAUCUAAAUUACAUGGAAAUUGUGUACCUGUUUAUUUUGGUAGACGUGCUUGUUGUCCAUUUGAUUGGAAAUGUCCUAAUCCCGGUCAGGAUUUCAAAUUGCCAGCACUUGGUAAAUUACAAAAAACAACAACGGCAAAAUGUAAAUUUGGUGAUUUGGAAUUCGAACAACAUGAAUUACUUCAAACAAACGAUAAUAAAAUCGAAUGUAAAUGCAUAACACCUCCUUAUUUAACCUGUAUAAGUUUAACAAACGUUUAA